CUGGUGGAUCUUAAGGCUGAACUCUUCCGCAAGCAAGAAGAAUUCAAGAAAGAAAAGCUGCUGAAAGAUGCUGGCAUCUUUCCACAGCCCAGAACCUCUAAUAAGAAACCAAGUAUCUGGACUAAACAGAACACUGGAGUUGCAAAUCGAGCUGCAAAGGAUGUUGAGCAGAAGACAGAAGAUCAGGAUGUGUUAGAUCAAUCAAGGAAGAAACUAGAAGAGAAAGCAAAGCUGUAUGAGAAAAUGACAAAAGGAGACUUCCCAGAUGAAGAAACUGAGGAUUUGUACCUGGUGGAUUUCACUCAGAAGAUCAUAGACAAACGACAUGAAGUGCAGGAGCUGCAUCAGAGUGAAGCUGCUGGAAAGACUUCAGAAAGAGACACAGAUGAUGAGGAAACUCAACCUGACGCAGACAUACCACCCCCUGAGGACCCAGAUGAAGAAUGGGUUGAUUAUGUUGAUUUCUUGGGCCGAUCUAGAUGCUGUAUGAAGAAGGAUUUGCCAAGUCUACUUAAAAUGGACCAGGAACUUCAAGGAAAAAGACAAGAUCUUGAUGGGAAUACACUGUUAUCUGAGGACAUGAGAAGAGAACUUCAGAGGCAACAAUGGGAAAAGGAAGAAGAAGAAGCCCUCAGAAAACCCAUGGGACCCAUACAUUAUGAGGACAUUCGAGAAAAUGAGGCCAGGCAGCUUGGGGUUGGCUACUUUGCCUUUUCUCGUGACCAAGAACUUAGGCAUAAACAACGAGCAACGCUGGAUAUGCUGCGGGAGCAGACACUUGAUCAGAGAACUAAACGUGAACAGCUGAAGGAGAAGAGGAAGGCAGCCCUGGAUGCAAGGCUGUCCAAACUGCGAGCACGGAAGGUUAAAAAGUUAAGGGAGGCUGGAUUAGAGGAAGAGGCAGAAAAACUGGAGAAUGGCGAGCUGAAAAGUGCUGCCGAGGAACCAGAACCUCCAAGAGCUACUGCAGCAAGCAGAAAGGUCGAGGUUGUCAUCCAGGAGAGAAGAGAUACAAAGCCUGGUGUGCCUUAUGUCCGAGAGUGGGAUAAAGGCAAAGAACUGAUGUUUGGACUAUGGGAAAAGAAACAGGAAGAACUUAGAGAUGAGCGAGAUCCAGAAUUUGCACCACCCUCUGAUUACUAUUUGGGACAAAAGAAAGAUGAUAGUUACAGAAGUUGGAAUUUGAGCAGUCCUGAAACCUCCUCUGAAAAACUGGAAACGGAGAGAGCACAGAACCAACAGAUGCCAUCAGCACAGGGCAAUGGCAGCAGUGCUGGAGAUGUGCCCCCAUCAGCACAGGCUUCCAACAGCAAAGCUCAGGAUAAUCCAGGGUCAGCAGAGACUGGUGGCCGUGACACCCAGGGGGUGUCGUCAUCAGGGGAGGAUGACAGCAGUGAUGAGGACAUGCUGCCACCAGCACAGCCUUAUGGCUAUGGACCCCGAGGUGUGCCCCCACCUGUGUGCCCGUACGGAUACGGUGCCAGAGCUGUGCCACCACCCAUGCAGGGUUACGGCUACGGUGCCCACGGAGGAACCUUCCCAGUGCAGCCUUACGGCUACGGAGCACCAGGGGUGGGACCACCGAUGCACAGUUACGGCUACGGCGCCCAUGAGGUGCCCUUUUCCAUGCAGCCUUAUGGCUAUGGCACCCAGGAUGUGCCACCAGGAAUACACACCUGUGGCUGCAGCACUCAGGAUGUGCCACCUGGAAUACACACCUGUAGCUGCAGUGCCCAGGAUGUGCCACCAGGAAUACACACCUGUGGCUGCAGCACUCAGGAUGUGCCACCUGGAAUACACACCUGUGGCAGCAGCAGUGCCCAAGAUGUGCCACCACCAGGAACCCAGGCCAGUGGCACCCAGGAUGUGGCACCUGCAGUGCAGACUGACAGCAGUGACACUGCACAUCAGGAACCACUCUACCAAAGCUUAGAUGAUAUGUUGUCCUAUUACAGACAAGUGACUUGA